AUGAGCUUCGUCGCCAGCAAGAACUCGCAAUGCCAUUUCUGUGGCAAGACGGUGUACGCCAUGGAGAAGAUGGACGCCGACGGAAAGAGCAUGCACAAGGCGUGCUUCAAGUGCGAGCACUGUCAGUGCGUCCUCAAGCUGGGUAACUUCGCCGCAAUGGGAGGCCGCUACUUUUGCAAGCCCCAUUUCAAGCAGCUCUUCAAGGAGAAGGGCAAUUACCAUUCGGGCUUCGGUUCAGAGGAUGCCAAGUCCAAGUGGGCUCCCCAGGCUGUCGUGUACGGCGCCCCGGGCGCCAACUUCAUGAAGGCAUCCGGCAGCGAGUGGGACUCGCGUCAGACCAAGUCCUUCCGCAUGCCUCGCCCGAGGACCGACGCCGACAUCGACGCACCCAAGUCCUCCACCCUCACCCUGGAGCCCAAGCCACCUCCCCGAGAGUCUCUGGCCCAGCUGGCCUCCGUGGGCGCCCUCAAAUCGGUUGGCGAGCGCUGGGGAUCUCCGCCCACCGGCCCUGCGGCCGAUGCCUCGCGCGAUCAGAGGCGACGUGCCGCUCUCGAGGCCAGGAAGUCGGAGACCGACUCUCCCAUCUCCCCUCGUGCGGCCGAGAAGGAUGAGACGCCCGCUGCUGCUUCGCCCGAGGUGAAGAUUACUCCUGCUGCCACCCCUUCCCCACCCCUGCUGCCACCCCCGCCCCCGCUGCCGCCCCGGCCAAGACCGUCGACGAGUUGA